CAUUCAGCUCAUUCAGCUGCUCAUUCCGUCGAUUCAUCGUUGAAUUGUGCAUUCUGAAUUGCACUGUGUAUCUUCUCGUCCGUUGAAUCGCGGUUCUCAAUCUCCUCCACGCCGGUCUAUUCUCACUUGGGCGUGGAUUGCCGCCCUCGAGCCACUCGUGGCCGGCCAUUUAUUCGCGUGUGUGGCGUGUUCCCCCGGGUUGAAGGAGGAGUAGUAGUGAGGAGUGAUGUCGUUGAAACCGAAACGCGUGGAUUUCACGCAAACCUGGUCCAACCUGAAGGAGACCAUGACGGGGGUCAUCAUGUUCAGCAACGUCCCCCGAGCCGUUUGGAAUGACCGAUUCACGGAUGUGUAUUCGUUGUGUGUGGCCUAUCCGGAGCCCCUCGCCGAUCGUCUUUACAGUGAGACCAAAGCCUUUUUGGAGGACCACGUCCAAACCUUGAAGAUCAAGGUGAAGAAAGGCGGCGAGCGGGAACUCCUCAAGGACUACUACGAGGCCUGGACCAAGUUCUCACAAGGCAUCGACUACCUCCACAAGCUGUUCUCGUAUUUGAAUAACCAGCACAUUCGAAAGCAGAAGAUGUCUGAUGCCGAGCUCACCUAUGGCAGUCUCUCCAUCGACCAUAGUGAACAAAUGAAGGAGAUUGGCGAGUUGGGCUUGGAGACAUGGAAGAAGCUGAUGAUUGAGCCUAUGAAGGAUCAAUUGGUGAGCCUACUCUUGGACGGGAUUCGCUAUGAUCGCUUGGGCGAGACGGGAUCCACGGGAUCCACGCAGUUUCAGUCUGAUAACGUCAUCAAAGGUGUCAUCAACUCGUUCGUGAGUGUGGAAGAGUAUAAGAAGAAAGGCAACUUGGAGCUUUAUGAGGACAUUUUUGAAAAACCCUUCCUAACAGCCACGGGGGAUUACUACCGUGAAGAGGCCCAAAACUUACUCCAAGAGGGCUCCAUCUCCCUAUACAUGCAGAGAGUCAUUCAGAAGAUCGAGUCCGAGAACAUGAGGUCUCGGAAGUUUCUGUAUCCGGGCUCCUAUCAGAAGGUCACUUCAGAGUGUGAGCAGCGGAUGGUGGGCGAUCAUAUCAGCUUUUUGCACUCUGAAUGCAAGUCCAUGGUGGAGCGAGAGCUCCGCACAGAUCUGGCCAAUAUGUAUCUGCUGCUCAAGCCCAUUGUGGGUGCUCAGAAAGUACUUUUGGACGAGAUUCAGAAUCACAUCAAGAGCCAGGGUCUCAAAGUCAUCUCUGCUCUACAGGGCGAAGCGCCCUCGACCGAGUUCGUCGAGAAUGUCCUGGAUGUGCAUCAAAAGUACCGAGAAAUGAUCUCGGCCACAUUCCAGGGCGACCUCUCGUUCAUUGGAGCCAUGGACAAGGCCAUGACGGCCAUCAUCAAUCAUCGUGCUCCGAAGAUGGCCUCCAAGAGCCCCGAGCUCUUGGCCAAAUAUUGCGAUUCCCUGUUGAAGAAAUCCCAGAAAGGCAUCUCGGAGAACGAGAUCGACGAGAAGCUCAGCAAGUCCAUCACGGUGUUCAAGUAUCUCGACGACAAAGACGUCUUCCAAAAGUUCUACUCUAGAAAUCUUGGGAAGAGACUGAUCCACCAGCAAUCUCACUCUAUGGACCUCGAAGAGGCCAUGAUCAACCGUUUAAAACAGGCCUGUGGCUACGAGUUCACCAACAAGUUCCAUCGCAUGUUCACCGACAUCUCCGUGGCCGAGGAUUUGAACUCGAAAUUCACCGACUACCUCAACGACAACACCGUCAACGUGGGCAUCAAUUACUUUGUGCGAGUGCUUCAGCAAGGGGCGUGGCCCAUGAGCCACACCGGCUUGCUGCCCUUGAAUAUCCCUCAAGAACUGGAGCGAACCGUUCAAGCCUACGAAAAAUUCUACGCCAAACAGUUCAACGGCCGCAAACUCACGUGGCUCCACCAUCUCAGCAACGGGGAUGUCAAGUUGGGCUAUCUCAACAAAUCAUACAUCGUCAACAUGUCCACGUUUCAGAUGGCGCUGUUACUCUUGUUCGAAAAGUCUGAAAGCCUGAGUUACGACGAGUUGAGGGAGACGACCAACAUUCAGGCCGAGGCCUUCCCAAGACAUGUUCAAUCGCUUUUGGACUCCAAAUUGCUUCUCUGCAACACUGAAGAACUUACGGCCACCUCCGUGAUUAGUCUGAAUAUGAAGUACUCGAACAAACGGACCAAGUUCCGCAUUGCGGGCACCGUCCAGAGGGAAACGCCUCAAGAGGUGGAACAGACCCAUCAAGCCGUGGACGAGGACCGUAAAAUGUAUCUUCAAGCCGCCAUUGUGCGAAUCAUGAAGAGUCGAAAGGUUCUCAAGCACAAUCUGCUGAUUCAAGAGGUCAUCAGCCAGUCCAAAUCGCGCUUUACGCCCUCGAUCCCCAUGAUCAAGAAGGUCAUCGAGAACCUCAUUGACAAGGCCUACAUUGAGAGGACGAAGAACUCAUCGGAUGAAUAUGCUUACAUGGCAUAGACAGACCAAGUGGAACACAGGGGACAGCCACCCUUCUAUCAUGAUGAUGAUUUUUAUUAUCAUUAUCAUCAAUUUAAUCACAGCUUACUUUCAAACCCAUUUUCACAUGGGGUCCACGACGAAUUAGCACCCGACCGACCAGCCACACGAGCGGUGGAAUUUGGACUUGGACUCAUUCUAAUUUAUCUCCAUAAUCAACCCUCAUCCUCAUUCGUCAUGCGUGAAAGAGUACCCAAAUAAAUGCUUUCUAGUGAUGCUUCUGAUAAUCAA